AUGCACGUCUCUCCUGAAUUCAUAGCCACGGGUGGCAACCGAAAUCCCGCGGCCGCCGAUUGGGAUGACGCUGGUUUGCAAUUCUUGGCUUUUGGCGCCGACAAUAAUAUUGCCCUGUGGGAUCCUCAAGAUGAAGCACUUCGCGGAGUACAAGCAAUCUUAAGCGGGCAUACCAAGCCUGUAAAUUCUGUCAAGUUCUUCCCUACUCAGUCAUCAGACGUCUCAGUCUUGCUUAGUGGAUCAGCCGACAACACCAUCCGCAUAUGGCGAGGCAGGAGAGAUGAACGCUUUGAAUGUCUGAAAACUAUAUCGGAACAUCAACAACCUGUCACCCGGAUAGCCACACUCCCUGGAUCAAAUACCUUUGCCACUGGAUCCUCCGAUGGUACUGUCAAGAUUUGGAGGCUCACUCACUCUUCAGACUUUGCUUCAAUUGAUGUCGACAUUGUCCAGACCAUAACGCUUUCUCCCAAAUACUUUCCCCUGAAUCUAGCGCUUGCGAAAUUGGAUGAAAGCUCAACCGUGCUGGCUGUCGCUGGUACUCGUACAACCAUCCAGAUAUUCGUAUCUCAAGACAGCCAGUUUCAGCUUUCGGCUACACUGACCGGACACGAAGGAUGGAUCCGCGCACUUGCUUUUACCAAAGAAACAGCAGACUCAAACAGUGAUCUUCUUCUGGCUUCUGCAAGCCAAGACAAGUAUAUUCGUCUCUGGCGACUUCACCGAGGAGACGAACUUCCUGCUGCGAGCACUGCGCUAAAUGACCCUGCCUUGGGUGGUAUGGGGAAAUCGCUAUCGAACAAAGCUCAUUGGAUUAGUUCAGCUGCAUCCAAACAUUCAAUAACAUUCGAGGCUUUGCUGUUAGGCCAUGAGGACUGGAUCUACCAAGCGUCUUGGCGGCACCGGGAUGGAAAGCUACAGCUGCUGUCCACUUCCGAAGACAAUUCUCUGUCGAUCUGGGAGUCUGAUCCUACUUCUGGUGUGUGGGUUUGUGUCACUCGGUUAGGAGAGAUCAGUGCCCAAAAAGGUUCGACAAGCGCUACUGGCAGCGCAGGGGGUUUCUGGAUUGGACUCUGGUCACCGGACGGCAACACAGUAGUGUCUCUCGGUCGUACCGGCAGUUGGCGAAAGUGGACAUUCUCAGCUGUAGAGGAUAUGUGGACACAGCAGGUGGCUGUUACAGGGCAUGUGCGUGAAGUCAAGGGUGUGUCAUGGUCGAGAGAUGGCUCGUAUCUACUCACAACAGGCACUGACCAGACAACACGGUUGUACUCGCAAUGGAAGCGCGACGGUAUGUCACCAUCAUGGCACGAAUUCUCACGGCCACAAAUACACGGAUACGAUCUCAACUGCAUCGAUACAGUCUCGGAUACUCAGUUCAUCUCCGGUGCAGACGAGAAGCUCCUCCGUGUCUUUGACGAACCAAAAGGCGUCGCAGAGAUGCUCCACAAGCUCUGCGACACACAACCGUCCAAAUCCGCCUCAUUCCCAGACGCCGCCAAUAUCCCCGUCCUAGGCCUCUCAAACAAAGCCAUCCAAGCCGUCAGUGAUGAAGACGCCAUCGAAAACGGCGAUGACGACGACCGCGAAGCCAUCGACCCCGCCUCAGUCAUCCGCAGAUCUACCCUCGAUUUCAAACACCCCCCCUUUGAAGACCACCUCGCCCGCCACCUUCUCUGGCCCGAAACAGAAAAACUAUACGGCCACGGCUACGAAAUCUCCGCCUUGGCCAUCAGCCACGACGCCAGCCUCGUCGCCACCGCCUGCCGCGCAAGUUCCAUCGACCACGCCGUGAUCCGCCUCUACGACACAAAAGAAUGGCUCGAAGUCAAACCGCCACUAAAAGCACACUCCCUCACCGUCACUUCCCUGGCUUUCUCCCCAGACGACAAGUACCUGCUUAGCGUAGGCCGCGACCGCCAAUGGGUCAUUUGGGAACGCAGCCCUGAUGCACCAUCGCUUUUAACUCUCAAACACGCAAAUCCGAAAGGCCAUUCUCGCAUGAUUCUUGAUGCGGCAUGGACGCCGAUAGCGGAUCACCCAACGUUCACGACGGCCGGAAGAGACAAGAGCGUCAAGAUAUGGCAGAUGACCGAUUCAGAAGUCAUCCUCAAAGCUACGGUCGCGGCAAAUGCCCCUGUUACGGCUGUGGCGUGUAACACCACGCGCAAAGAUGCGGGCCAGAAAGUUGUCUUUGCGUUUGGAACCGAAAACGGGGACUUGGGGAUUGGCAGUGUGGGUAUCGAGGCGCUGGAUCAGGUUGCGGUGGCUAUGGUGGAUAAGGAGGUGCUACCUGCUAAGACGAUUAACCAGAUUGUUUGGCGACCAGGCAGAGGGGGUGAGGGACAAGAGCAGAUUGCCGUUGCGAGUGAUGAUACUUCGCUCAGGAUUUUCAAUGUCAAGGAUGAUAUGGCGUAG